CAGAGUGUGCCUCUCCUGAUCUGUCAGUCUGUAGUAGUCCAACAGGAGGAGAGGAGACUGUUAAACGCCUGGCUGGCUUUGCAAAAUCCUACAAGAUCUCUCUCCUUCUCUCUAAUUGCACUGCUAACAGAGCAAAGUAAGGGCAUUCUCACAAGAAGGAAAAUCAACUUAAUCACCUCACCUACUGGAUUUUAUUCUGCUUCUUCCCUAGGAAAACUGUACAUAUUUCAUUUCAAUGCUAAAACCAAUGGAUUUUAUCUGCAUGUAUGGGAUUGUAACUUGCUUUUUAGCUUCUUGUUGCUGGCUGACUGUGGAUUCAUUUAUUGCAAAAGAACCCUUCUCUGGAAAGCUAAGUGAAUAUGGUGUGAUUGUCCCAUUCAGUACAGAUCGACUGGGACGAUACCUUUCCCACGUGGUGUCAGCAACAGGAAAAACCAGAGGCGGGCAAAGCUCAAAGCACAAUGGCAAGAGGGUGGCCCGCAGCAUCUCUGACCCACCAGAAACGCAUUCAGAUGAUAGCUACUUGUACUUCAAUGUCACAGUCUUCGGGAAGCAGCUGCAUCUACGUCUCAAGCCCAACAGACGUCUGGUUUCUCAUGAGGCUACAAUUGAGUGGCAGGAGGAUUUUCAGGAGAUUUUGCGAAGGUCGCUCCAUGCUGGGUGUGUUUAUACAGGAGAUGUCACAGAUAUGCCAGGAGCAACUGUGGCCAUAAGCAACUGUGAUGGGCUGGCUGGCAUGAUAAGAACUGAUGUCAGUGAGUUUUUCAUUGAGCCUCUUGAAAAAGGACGCCAGGAUGAGGAAGAGAGCGGUCGUGCUCACGUGGUGUAUAGGAGGUCUGCUGUCCGUCAGAACAAACCUGCUGACCAUUCAGAAAUGCACAAUGAAGUUGCCAGAAGUGGAGUGGGUGACCUGCCAUACUCCCUGGAUAAGAUACAAGGCAAGCUACGGGAAAACGAGCGACGGAAGCGGCACGCCAAAAAGGAUGACUAUAAUAUCGAAGUGCUUCUGGCAGUGGAUGACUCUGUUGUGCGUUUCCAUGGAAAAGAACAUGUGCAGAACUACGUCCUCACCCUCAUAAACAUAGUAGACGAAAUUUACCAUGAUGAAUCCCUUGGAGUCCAUAUCAACAUAGUCUUAGUGCGAAUGAUUAUGGUGGGAUACAGACAGUCAAUCAGUUUGAUUGAACGUGGGAACCCAUCAAGGAGCCUUGAACAAGUGUGCCGCUGGGCUCAUUCCCAGCAGCGUUCAGAUCCAGAUCAUGCCGAACAUCAUGACCAUGCAGUGUUUCUCACCAGGCAAGAUUUUGGUCCCGCAGGUAUGCAAGGUUAUGCUCCUGUAACGGGCAUGUGCCAUCCUCUACGAAGCUGUACUCUCAACCAUGAAGAUGGAUUCUCUUCUGCGUUUGUGGUUGCCCAUGAAACAGGUCAUGUGUUAGGCAUGGAGCAUGAUGGGCAAGGUAACCGAUGCGCUGAUGAAACCAGCAUGGGGAGCAUUAUGGCUCCACUAGUACAGGCGGCUUUCCACCGCUAUCACUGGUCCAGAUGCAGCAAGCAGGAGCUUAACCGAUAUAUACAUUCCUACGAUUGUCUUCUUGAUGACCCCUUUGAGCAUAAAUGGCCCAAACUCCCAGAACUUCCAGGAAUCAACUACUCCAUGGAUGAGCAAUGCAGAUUUGAUUUUGGCGUUGGUUACAAAAUGUGCACAGCUUUUAGGACAUUUGACCCAUGUAAACAGCUCUGGUGCAGUCAUCCAGAUAAUCCGUAUUUCUGCAAGACUAAGAAGGGCCCUCCGCUUGAUGGGACAGAAUGCUCUCCUGGGAAGUGGUGCUUUAAAGGCCAUUGCAUAUGGAAGACACCAGAACAAUCAUACAGUCAGGAUGGAGGAUGGAACUCGUGGUCCAGGUUUGGAUCAUGCUCUAGGACCUGUGGAGGAGGAGUACGUUCCCGUAGUAGACAGUGCAACAAUCCACCACCAGCUUAUGGAGGGCGCGAGUGCCCAGGCGCCACCUAUGAAUAUCAGAUGUGCAACAAUGAAGAAUGCAGAGGACCAUUUGAAGACUUCCGCGCUCAGCAGUGUACACAAAGAAACUCAUACUAUACCCACGAGAAUAGCAAGCACAUCUGGCUUCCCUACGAACACCAUGACGAUGCCCAAAAGUGUGAGCUUAUAUGCCAAUCCAAGGAAACUGGAGAUGUGGUUUUCAUGAAUCAGGUGGUACAUGAUGGCACCAGAUGCAGUUACAAAGAUCCGUAUAGUGUCUGCGCCAGAGGAGAUUGUGUGCACAUUGGAUGUGAUAAGGAAAUUGGCUCCUUCAAAGAAGAUGACAAGUGUGGAGUUUGUGGUGGAGAUAAUUCUCAUUGUCGAACAGUGAAAGGAACAUUGGUCAAGUCUCCAAAGCAAACCGCUGGAGUUCUAAAAAUGUUCGAAAUCCCAGCGGGAGCAAGACACAUCCACAUUGAAGAGACAGAAACCUCUACCAAUAACCUCGCAAUUAAAAACCAAGCAAGCGGCAAUUUUAUUCUAAAUGCCAAAGGAAAAGAGAACAAGUCAAGGACAUUUAUAGAAAUGGGCUUGGAAUGGGACUAUGCGGUUGAGGAUGGCAAAGAGAGUGUGAAAACAAGUGGACCCUUGCAUGAAUCCAUUGUGGUUUUGGUACUUCCUCAAGAUGACGAUGGAAAAAGCAGCUUGCUGUAUAAAUACAUUAUCCAUGAAGACCUUUUACCAAUGAUCAGCAAUAACAAUGUUCUCCUAGAGGAGAUGGAUGGCUAUGAGUGGGCUUUGAAAAGCUGGUCGCAGUGUUCCAAAGCAUGUGGGGGGGGCAUUCAAUACACCAAGUACGGAUGUCGGAGAAAGGGGGAUAACCGAAUGGUUCACCGUAACUUUUGCGACAACAGUAAAAAGCCAAAGCCAAUUCGCAGACGAUGUAACCUCCAGGAAUGCUCACAGCCAGGAUGGGUGACAGUGGAAUGGGGGACUUGUAGCAAGACCUGUGGCAAACUUGGUGUGCAGACCAGGCUAGUGCAGUGUGUCCAGCACUUGCAGAAUGGGACAAACCGGACGAUACAUACAAAAUACUGCACGGCAGAACGACCAGACCACAGACGACCAUGCAACCGCUUGCCAUGUCCAGCACAAUGGAGAACAGGAGCAUGGUCACAGUGCUCAUCAAGCUGCGGAGAAGGUAUCCAACAACGCCAAGUAGUGUGCAAGGCAAGCGAUAAUGUCAUUGGUCAAUGCGAUGGUGACAAGCCAGAAACUAUUCAGGUCUGCAAGAUGGCCCCAUGCCCAGGAAAAUCUCCAGGGUUGCCGAUACAUUCAGAAAACAGUGAAACAAUUACACCAAAGAUGCCAUGGAUCCCACCACAAAAUUUACCUAAGAAUUCCAUCAGCAAGAUAUCUACAAAAGAAUCAUGCCAAGGAGACAAAUCAAUAUUCUGCCAGAUGGAAGUCCUAGCACGUUAUUGCUCCAUACCUGGAUACCAUAAAUUGUGUUGUGAAUCCUGUGGGAAAAAAACAGUCCCAACCAGCCUGACCCCAAAUUCUGAGCAUGCUGCAAUGGAACUCAGAGCUCCUGAAGGGGUUGAUCAUCCAAGUCCCAUUCCACCAGCAUCAUCCUUCCCAACAUCUGUGACCAAGUUGCCAGAGUCUUCCGUAGACAAUACUCCUCCUGAUGCUCAAUUGUCUGCUCUUGUAGCGCAACGUUAUGUGAAGACAUCUGGGACCAAUAAUACAUUUUUAAGAGAGUCCACCUUGAAUACUUUAUUCAAUAAUACCUCAGCGACAGAUCUUCGAAAUCAGAGAUUAGAAGAGCAUCACAGUGGGUCUGCAGCCAGCAAACAAAGUAAGGUCAGCCAUUUGGAUUCUUCCGAUGUAACAAGACGAAGAAGGGAAGGUGCCCAAGAUAUACAGACUGGCUUCAGUGGCAAAACCACCUCUAUUACUACAUGAGUUUCAACUUGUCAGUACAAAUUUCAGAGAAGCUGGGCAACAUCAUUCAGAAGAGACAAUUUUCAGUCAAAAUAGAAAAAAAAUAGGCUUUUUUGCAUUUUGCCUGUAGCACUUUUUUAAGUCAUUAUGAGUAAUGACUAAAGUUUUUAUGCUAAAAUGUUUAUGAAACCUCUGGGCAUUAAGACAUUACAGCCCAGUGAUCGUUACCUCAUAGUGCAGAGCAAACGCACUUUAUGUUGUCAUAAGGGUGCUACCAACUGGAUUUAGAAAAGCGCAAAAAAGGAACAUAUUUUGGGACAUCUAACCUCAGUUCAUCUAACCAGCCAACACAUUAUUUCAUUUAAAACAAAAAAGACUAAGAAGAACGUAAAACAUAGUGCUUUCUUAAGUUUAGUAUGGACUUUGAGCAACCAAAAUCUUAGGUGUAAGCGGUGCUUUAUUUCAUACACAUUCGUUUUGUGUACCUCAGUGAGUCAAAUAAUUUGCAAUGAGCUGCACUGAAAUAAGGAUUUUAAACUCUAGAACGCUUCAAGCCUCGUCCAACUGUCCAUGAUAAGGAGCAUCGAGGUUUGUACUAUUAGUCUGUUGGGUUUCAGUUCAUUUGACCACCCUAUCUGUAGUUGGUGUUCUACAGCGUCACUGGUGACCUUUCCGGCAUAUGCUGCUGCUAGUAGAUUAACCCCUAACUUCGAUGUUAAAAGGGACCAUUUCUACUUGUUCUAAAAGAAAUGGGUUCUUAUUUACAGAUGCUUAAAGAAAAAGAGGUUUUAAGUCAAGAAUUAAUUGCAAUUUCAUUGGGACUGAUUCAAAAAGACAGAAAUAUAAUUGCAAAUGUUAAGACCAGCAAUAUGUCUCUGACACAUUUUUUCAGGUAGGUUUUCUCCCUUACAAAUAGCCAAAUAUGAUUUAUGAUUUAAGGUAGUUUUGGGUUUGUCAUGGCUGAAAUUUGUCUUCCAAGGCACCCUUGAAAAAAAUCCUAUUUAACAAAGGACUUACUGUGCCUUAUGGAAAAUACAACCCAGGUCAAUGUACUAAUAGUCAAAAUGGUUAUCAAUUCCAUUACACUGUGGAUUCUGAGCAGGGAAUUGAUUCACCGAAACUCUGCUGCAGAAUGU